CACACCCAUCCAAUUGCAUUUUAAUAAAAUGGCGGGAGCAGGGCCAGCUGUAGUGAAUGUUAAAGACUGGAUCCAUUGUAAUCAUUGCUAUACCGAGCCUCCUAAGGAUAGAAGGAACACUCAGUUCAUUAUAACGUCGUGUGGUCAUCUUUUCUGUGGGAAAUGUUAUGGCAAGAGAGAGAAGUUUUGUCUGGUAUGUAAGGCAUCAUGUAGUGUAGUUGAUCUAUCAAAACAAGUUCCACCAGAUGUCAUGAUAUAUUUCCACACUCCUGAGUCCAUUAUACAGAGAUUCAUCUUCCAAUUCGAACGAGUAUCUAAAUUUCAAAGGGAGCAGAGGACUAGAUUAGUAAAACAUAAAAUACAGAAGUUGCGGGAGGUUGCUGAAAGAAAGGAGAGGGAGUUAUUGUUAAAUGAAAAGGAAAAUGCUAGACUGAGACAAAUUAAAUUGAAUUUGGAAUCAAGAUCUGUUUCCUUUCCUCCUUCAUCAUCAAACUCUACUACCUUACGUCCUCCUCCUUCAAUACUAAGAACUGGGUAUGGUCCCAUACAGACUCCGCCUAGUUUCACGAGGCCACACCCAUCGAUGACCCUACCACCAUCAUGUGGUGCUCCUCCAUCACUAGCAGAUAGACCAGUGGGCCGAGUCAAUACAUUAACAACCUUUCCAAUGAGAGGAACCAAUACUCCAGUUACUGUUUCAUCAGAUACAAGGUCAUUUCAACCUCCUCCUCCUCCUGAACCAACUCAUCCCUCACCAACUGGAGGAAGGAGAGUCACUCCAAAAGAAAGUGGGCGUGUCACUUCUAGACCACACCCACUCCAAUCAUCAAUAAGGCGGUCGGGUAGCUCUGGGGAGAGUACCCCCUACAUAUCACCCUCCAUUGUAUCCUCUGCUGUUGCUAGGAGACCAACUGUUGCCAUGACGCCGGCCGUCAAUGACUCAGCAGUUUUAUCCUGCAUUAGAGCAAGGGCUCAGGAAAGGGGCGGGGCUAUAGGUGGGGCCUCAAGAGGAGGAGGAGGUGAGAAGAGGAAACUUGAGACUGAAUCAAUGAGACCUCCCAGUGGAAAGAGAGUAUUAAAUUCAUUGAUUCCUCCUGGAAGACUGAGUAUAAGGACACCACCCAUUAAUGGGAAGAUGGGUGUUAUUCGUAGUUCAAGAUUAUUAUCAAGUGCUUCUCCAAGACAUGAAGAUGCUCCAAUGUCAGUUGCUCCUACUUCUAAUCAAACCACGAUCAAUGAAAGAAGGCUAUCAGCUCCUUUAUCAUUAAGUGCUUUUCAAUCACAACUAGGAAGCAAUGGAAGCUAUUCACAUCAACGUCCACCACUAGUAAAGAUGUCUUCUCCCCGAUAUUCAUUACACUCCAGUCCAAUGAUCAACUCCAUUAGAUUAUAAAUAAUGAAUAAUGACAAUAAUAAAUUACUAUCAAACUAUUGAACUGUUCUAUAUAUGAGCUGAGCUCUAUUAACUAAUAUCAUUGCACUAAUCACUUAUUUCACUGAAUAUCAAUUAUCAAGAUCACUUAA